UGUGACUUUUAAAUAGAAAUUGUUAACUGGUUCCCAUAAAGUUUUCUUGGAUAUUGAUUUUGUUUGAUAGCAGAAAAUGCUAUCCAAUGUAUUCGUAGACAAAGGUCAAGGGUUUAUUUGUUUUUUGUUGAAGGAAAUUCUGUAAAAAUUUGUCUGUAUGCAUAGCAUUCUUCAUUUGCAACUUUGGUGCAUGGAUAUUAGGAAACCAAGUGUGAAGAGGGUGUAUGAGGAUCCACACGGUUGCAAUGAGAUUCAUGGCACAUUUUCUUACCAAAACAUGUCUACUAUUGAUAUUUUGGUCUUUGACAAGUUAAUCCAUCUGGAAAUUUCAUUUGGAAGCUAUUCUGGAAAUUUCAUUUGGAAGCUAAUGAAAGGAAGAACAUUGGUCUGAGAUAGAAAGAAGUAAGCAAGGAGGUUGGACAAAAUCAGUGUAGAUCUAGAUAUUUGGAGACCCCUUAGAUCCUAUAGAGGAGUUGGAACUACUGGAGUUGAGGAAUGAGUCAAUUGCAAGAAUCUUCUUCACUUAAACGGAAGCGACAACAAGACUUGGCCUUAGUGUCGGGAUCUAUGACAGAUGGUGAACGUGUACUGUAUAAUCUCAUACAUAGCAAGAAAGACAUGGGAAUGUGGACAGGGGACAUGAAACGAGAAACGAACCUACCCGACAGCUUAGUGAAGAAAUCCUUAAAGUUGCUUCAAUCCAAGAAUCUGAUAAAGGAGGUUGUUAACAUUCAAAACAAAGGUAGAAAACACUACAUGGCAGCCGAGUUUGAACCUUCCAAGGAAAUCACUGGUGGCGAUUGGUAUACUCAAGGGAGUCUUGAUACCUAUUUCAUAAACCUUGUAAAGGACGUGUGCUUGAAGUGCAUUUUCAGGCAGAAAGUUGCAACAUACGAUGGAAUUUUGGAGUGGAGCAGAAAGAGUGGUGUCUUCACGGUAGAAAUCACAGCACAGCAAACAGAUGAGAUUUUGCGAGCUUUGGUUUUGGAUGAUGAGAUUGAAGAAGUGAAGAGCACUGGAAUAGGGGAUUUUUCAUCUGUUCCUGUUGGCAGAAUUUGUUACAGAUGCAAACGUAAAGGUGGCAUUAGAGGGGAACAAAAACCAGGUGCCAUGGCCUCCAUUCCAUGUGGAGUUUGUCCACGAAUAAACUUCUGUACACCAGAUGGCAUUAUCUCCCCAAGAACUUGUGUCUAUUAUCAGAAAUGGUUGGACUUCUAAAGAUUCAAACAACAGUUCAUAGGUUAGAUAAGACCCUUAUAUCUUUCACUCUCAUCUUGCAGCUGUUGUCUUUGUAUUGUAAACUUAUGUAUCAAAGCUCCUGCAUUAAAGUCAAAGCCUUCAGUGAGAGUUAAAAAGUUCUUCUUAUGUAUCAAAGCUCCUGCUUGGAACACUCUUAGUCAGUAAUCCCAGUUUGAGAUCUUUCUAAUUCGAGUAACCCAUCUUUACUACAAUUUUCUGAAGCCAUGAAAAACUAAAAAGAAUGAAAAUUUGAUCAUUCCCCAAGUAAAGGGUGUGUUUUGUUUUGUCCACAAUAAUUUUUUAUCCAUCUUUCAAUCUAUCUUUAUUCGUUAAUAGUUGUUACAGAAGGAAAUAUGUGCUACUAUUUUUUGUUGGUUCAAGUAAUAAGGUGUUCUUUUUUUUCUUGUAA